AUGGUCUGGACUGAACAGGUGUCAAGUCUCUUCAGUAUGGAGCUGGAGGAGGCUCAGGUGGCGCAUGCGCACUCCAGCCCCGGAAGUGGUCGCGCUCGUGUCUCUGGCUUGACCCCGCGUCUGCAGCGUCAGUGCGGGGACCGGGGGCCACACACCUCCCGCGUCAGGAGCCGUGAGCCGGGGCCCCUGUGCACUUGUCUGCAGCAUCACAGAUGCCUGAAACUUGACCUGGGCUUCUGCUGCGUGAGGACUAACCGUCUCUGUGGGACGUCCCGGAUCAGGCCCCUGUCUCUCCCCCCUCUCCCCCCUCCGUGA